AUGGUUGUGUAUAAAUGUAUCUCGAGGAUCGUAGCUGAGAGAUUGUGGUUGUGGUUGCCUGCAUUCAUCAGUGGCAACCAGUCUGCGUUUGUUCCGAGUACGCCCCUUCAGUUUGUUAGUUGGGUGAGGACUUGUGUUACUUCGCCUAAGUUCUCUGUGAUGAUUAGUGGUUCCCUUGAAGGACUUUUUUCUGGUAGGAAGGGGUUGAGGUUCCAUGAUCGGUGUGAGAGUGUGGGCUGGACUCAUUUAGUGUUUGCAGACGAUUUGAUGAUUUUUUAUGCAGCGGAGAAAGAUUCUUUGGAAUUUGUGAGGCAGGUCCUGGCAGAUUUUGCAGGGUAUCUGGGUUUACCUUUAUUGGCGGGUAGGUUGAGGGCUGUGGAUUGUGCGCCUUUGAUUCAAAGGAUUACAGCUCGUAUUAGAAGCUGGACGGCGCAGUCCCUCUCCUUUGCUGGGAGUUAUUUUUGGAAAGGUAGUGCGAUGAGUCGAGGUAGUGCACGGGUGGCGUGGGAUGAGGUGUGCUUGCCGUUGGGAGAAGGGGGGUUGGGUGUGAAGCAUGUGGCCUCUUGGAACCAGGUUGCUAUUAUGAAGCUGCUCUAG